AUGGAUUUCGUCUCAGUUGAAAGAGUUGACGAACUUCUACACAUUGAACAAGAAUCUCCAGGGACCCUUGAGCCACCGGCAUCUUGGCCGAAGUUCGGCUCCGAUAUUGUUUUUGAGGAUGUUACGAUACGAUAUGCCCCUCACCUGGAUCCAUCGCUGAAUAAUAUUUCCCUCCGCAUCCCUGGCGGGUCCACGACAGCCGUUAUCGGCAGGACAGGAAGCGGGAAGUCUACCCUCGCAGUCUCGCUUCUUAACGUGAUCCGCCCAGAUGGCGGCCGCAUCCUGGUGGACGACCACGACAUUGCGCAGGUGAGCACGCAAGCACUCCGGACAAGGGUAACCUUUGUUGCGCAAGACCCCGUUCUUUUCCCGGGAAGCAUCCGCCGUAACCUCGAUCCAACCGGCGAGUACACAGACGCGGAGUGUGCAGACGUCCUCAAACGCAUCUGCAGCAGACACGGCUGGAACUUGGAGACAUAUGUGGAAGCCGGGGGUCGGAACCUGAGCCAGGGUGAACGACAGCUAAUCGGUUUGUCAAGGGCAGUCUUACGCCGGAGUUCGAUUGUCAUACUCGACGAGGCAACGGCGUCCAUCGACCAUGAAAGUUCGUUGGAGAUUCAGCAAGUUCUAAGAGAGGAAAUGAAAGAGUCUACAGUCAUUACUAUUGCACACAGAUUGGAAGCCAUCAAGGACGCAGAUUACUAUGUUGUUCUGGAUCAGGGACGAGUAUCCAAACAGGGAUACGUGAAGGAUAUGUGA